AUGGUACGGUCAGCUCAAGCCCUGGACCAGGCACAAGGUUCAUUGUCAUCGAGGCACUGGAAUCACGUUCAGGUGAAGUGUAAAUACUGCAAUCAGCCAUAUACAUCCCGAGGCGUUGCAUCACAUGAGAGGAGUUGCUUGAAGACACAAGAGAAGAAGAAAGAGAGGAAAGAAUUUGCAAAGUUAGCCAUGCGAGCAGUUGAAGCGCAAGAAAAAGCACGCCAUCACAAGAAGAAACAGCGUGCAAAGGAGCAUGCUAGUGCGGUCUCCAUGCAGCCCCUGGACCAAUCAGUAACAGACAUCGUGUCUGAUUCAGAGGGCACUCGGGUCGUUGAUGAAGGCAGUGCAGGUCCUGUCGAUAUAUCACACUAUGAUUACUAUGAAGGUGAUCAUGACGAUGUCGGAAUUGCCAGGGAUGUUGCUGACCCACGACAACGUUCGGGUUCAGACACAAGUAUGGCAAGCAUUCCUGGACCAGUGCCUUACAACUCAGCUCGUCCUGCUGCUCACCCUGAUAUCGACUCAUUCAAGACAGAAUAUCAUCCAAAUAGUGGUCGCCCCACUUCGGUCGAAACAUUUUCUGCAUUUGGGCAUGGACACGCACAACCAAAGUUUGAUGACCGUGAACCAUGGCAUCCUUUUGCGUCUCGUGCAGACUUUGAAUUUGCUUCGCUGACACACAAAGCCGCUCUCAACAAGGAGCAGACUGAUGAGCUACUGCGGCUCAUUCAGAACAUUGUGGAUGGUCAUGCAAGGCUAACAUUUAGGUCUCACAAUGAUGUGUCCAAAGCCUGGGACACCGCUGCAACCCAGUUGACACCAUUUGAGCAGCAUACUAUCUCUGUAGAUCACAAGCAAGACAAGCUCGAGUUCGAACGGCUAUUCAAACACAACGGCACUCGGUAUGAACGUUUUAUUCAUGAGCCAUGGACUGCAGACAGGUGGUGGCACAUCCAAUCGAAGUUACCUAAUGAUGGGGUGCCCUUUGCGAUCAUUCUGUACGCCGACAAAACUCAUUUGUCCUCAUCUGGUAUUGUCAAAGGGUAUCCGGUGAUUGCCCGUUGCGGGAACCUGCCGGUCAACAUCAGAAAUACCACUGGAAUGGGAGGUGGUCGAGUUGUUGGCUGGCUACCUAUCGUGCCCGAGGAUGCUGAGCAAAGUGGAAAGUUAUCAUAUACUAACAUAAAGCGCGUGGUAUGGCAUAAAGCCUUCUUGAAGCUACUGGAAUUGGUCAUAAUUUUCUCAAAAACGGGAUUCGCGCACCAUUCCGACUUCGAUAAUAUCAUGCGCUGGUUGUUCCCACUCAUUUUGCUCUUGUCGGCUGACUAUGAAGAGCAGUGCGUGAUGGCGCUGAUACGGAGGACAGGUUCCAAUUGUCCUUGUCCCAUCUGCCUUGUCCCUACAGCUAAACUUUCUGACCAUGCUGCAACAUACCCCAUCCGGACAGUGGAGGAUGCACAAGAUUGCCUCAAGCUAUACCAGGAGGAUCGUGUCGCUGGAGAAGAGGCCCUGAAAGAGAAGAGUCUUCGACCUGUUGAGAACUCGUUCUGGCAAGUUCGGCACUCUAACCCUCAUGAAAUAAUCUCGCAGGAUCCGUUGCAUGCCUUCCAUGGUGGUCUGUUUGGUAAACAUCUUUGGACUGAGGUUAAGAAGCUGUUGGAGAAUCUUGGGCGCAGCGCCUUGAAACAAGUGGAUAAUCAGUUCACUGCCUUCCCACGGUGGCGAAAUCUCAAUCAUUUCAACAGCGUCACAAAUAUCAGCUAUAGCGAUGGAAACAAGCUUCAAGAUAUUUCAAAGCAAUUACUUUAUGCAGCUCAAAAUGUGCUAACACAGGAAGAGGACAAGGCUGGCUAUGCACUCUUGAAGUGUAUAGCCAGCUACCUUCAUAUUGACAUGUACAUAUCCCUUGAUGUUCACACAGAGAGUACCAUCGCCGCUGGAGAAGCCGAAGUUCUUGUAUUCCAGAAACACAUGGCGGAUUAUAUAAUCGCUGCACGUCACACAGAACUGGGAACAAAGAGUUGGAAUUUCCCAAAGAUGCAUUCCCCGAAACACAUAUUCCAGGACAUCCGGGAGAAAGGUGCCGCUCGCAACUUCAGCACACGACCGAAUGAAGGAUGUCACAGGCCACUCAAAUGA